UUUAAAGAUGCACUCUUACUCCCGAAUAAGAUUUACCACAAUUAAUACUAUUAUUUUAAUAUUCCAAAAAGGAUUAAUAAAUGCCGAAAACAAUGGUUCUUAUGCAGGAUACCGAGUUUAAUUUGAAAGAAAUGAGCAUAAAACACGGUAUUUCUACCUUAUGAGACUAUAGUAGACCACAGUAAAUCUUUUAUCAUUCACCAAUCAUUUAAUAUUUUUGCGCUUUCUGCUAUUAAAUACACGGUUACAAUUUUGUUAUCAGUAAUCAAUAUUUUCCAUAUAUUUAUUAUUUAGUAAGUAGUUAAAGGUGUAUAAGUAAAAAUUGAUGUUUGAUAUACAUGUGUUUGUAAUGAUUUUGAAUAAGAGUGUCACUUUAAAACUAACCUAUAAUAUAUUACACUAUUUUAUGAAACUAUUGGUAAACAUACACCUUGACACAAGUUUAAGAUAUAGGUUCGCCUAUUAUAACUUCCUGUUCUGAAACUACUUGAUUUCAAAAUGACACCAAAAAGGAAGUUUGCUGUUCAGUUGAUGUGUUUUUGUUUUUUGUUCUAUGUUGACAGAACACAAUCUGGCAACUGUCGUCAAUUUGGGCAGAAUUUCUAUGAUUCUACAAAUUGCAAUUGCUCUGGGGUAAACAUAACAUCGAUUGCAAACGGCAACUAUACCAACCACAAUUGGAACAAUGUAACCUACGCCUGCGAUGAUGGAUACACUAUAGAUGGAAAUGAAACACUGUUUUGUGAAAAAAAAUCGAACGGACAACAAUGGCAUGACAAUCCACCAAGCUGCGAAACAGAAGCAACAACACCAACAGGAGCAGCAACAACACCAACAGGAUCAGUAGCAGAAACAACAACAACAGGAGCAGCAGCAGCAGCAACAACAACAACAACAACAACAACGCCACCACCAACACCACCGCCUGGAUCAACAAAUACAGAGCAGUUAUCAACAACAAGCGGUGCGUGGAAAGAAUUAUCUUCAGACGCUUCGAAAUCAUCAUCAACUAUAUCUGAUAACCCGAUUUCAACAAAUAUUUCAGACAAAUCCAAUAUUUCCACGACAACAUCAUUAAAAUCAACUGCAUUGUCAAGCUUGGUUUCAACCGACACAAAGACAAUUGCAACACAGACAGAACAACCACAAUUUUCGAAAGGUUCCUUUCCUACUUUGGGAUCGGUUGGUAUUGCUGUAGGCGUCUUGAUAAUUGUUGUAGCCUUAAUCGUUGGGCUGAUAAUAGUGAGACGAAAACAGAAACACAGAGGUGGUAAUUUAUUUGGGAAGAAACAGUCUGAUUAUCUUUCUAGUAACAUUCAUUCAAACGCAGCGUAUGCUCCUCAUGCAACGUCUGUCGACAACGAAUCAGUCACUUCUAAGGACAGUGGCCUUGGCAAACACGAUGAGUCUGGAGAAGAGGAACCAAUGGAUGGCGAAUACAACACCAUUAUGGUGCACUAUCCUGAUGUAAAUCAGCAAAUAGAAAACACUUACAAUCACAUGGACGGGAUGGACGGGUCACCUACUGCUAAUUCGACGUAUUCGCACAUUCCGAACUCUAAAGAUGCGUUGUUUGACAAUACUUACUCUCACAUGACAAAUGACAAACCUUUGAAGGCUUUGGAACCAAGUGACACCGAUACAACUUAUAACCACUUGGGAGACUCUUCUUGUAGUAAACAAAAAAACAAAAAAGAAGAAACUUACAAUGACACAUACAACCAUACCCAAAUUAAUCCUGGUUGUCCGAAGACAGACCCGGAUGAUCAGGAUGAUAACUAUUCACACAUUAAUCAGCAAGAAUCAAACGCUGGCAAAAAACAAGCUGAUGUACAGGACCCAACAAAAGCAACUACCGUUUAUGAUAAAAUGAAUGAGUUUACGAAGAUCGCUGCAGGACGAACGAAACAGUACGAUGAGCCUAUCAAUAGUUCUAUGACGAAUGCAGAGGGUGUGAACAACGCUGAAAGUCAUGCUUAUUUUGUUUUGGAGUCAAAUGCUUUCCAGCGUCCUAAACAAGCACCAUACGACUACGCGGUAGUAGCAAUGCCAGAGAAGGAUCGCACAGCGUUCAAGGUUGUUGACUCCCCGCCAGAUCCACCGCAUGAGUACUUUGUCAUUGAGCCAGAUUUCAAGGUUGUUGACCCUCCAACUGAUACACCACAUGAGUACUUUGUCAUUGAGCCAGAUUUCAAGGUUGUUGACCCUCCAACUGAUACACCACAUGAGUACUUUGUCAUUGAGCCUACAACUGAGCUGUAACAAAUCAAGUAUGAAUGUUACUCAAAGAACAUGCAAUACAAACGAUGGUUUGAACAGUUGACAUAGGCCAUAAAAUACAAGUAUCACUACUUCACGGGUUAUCACGAAAACGAAAGCACUUACCAUAACAAUAAAUGGGAUGUAUCGCAUGUGUAAAACCAGUUAUGUACCAUGACUCUCGUAACUGGUGUGAACUUGAUCUUGAAUAUUUUAACAUUUGUCAAAUUUGUAUUUUAUUCCAUUGUAUAUGAUUGGUACUACAUGUAGAGAAUAAGAUGAGAGCUAUUGACACAAAUGACGCAAUAGCCCUCCAGAACAUUGUUUGAUUUUGACACUUAUAUAUUAACUAUACCAGGUUUACCAUUCUGAAAGGUGAAAAACGAAUAUAAAUAUGAAAGACAGGAAAGACACUUCUGACAGGGGCUUAUUGUUAUAUAUAUGUAUGAAUGCUACGGCAAAGUAUGUCUUUCGAUUAAUAUUUUAUUGAUUUAUGUAUCUACCAAAUUGUUAUAUACUGUAUUUAUAUUCCACUGCCCUUUUGUGACAGGCUUCACUAUAUAUUUACUAUAUGUAAAUAAGCUAUAAACAUUUUUCAAAUAAAGUAUUAGU